UCUACUAAUAAUUAAGAAUUAAUAGAAGUAGUUAGCGAGAUAGAGACGAAGACCAAAUCAUCUCCUCUCUCACAAACAAACAUUAAACUCUUGACGUUGAUUUCGAUGUCCACCACUACCAACCAUCCCUAUAUAUAUAUAAACCCCUCCAAAACCUAAAGAUUUCAUAAUCAUCACAUCUCCGUUUAAAAGAAAAGACCGUCAAUGGAUAUCCGUCGAAGAUUACCGAGUAGAGAACUCCCAGCUCAAAACGACGACGUUGUCACUGCUCCUCCUCCUCGCAGAGGCUCCGACGCGCUUCCUCUCCCGCUAUACCUAACCAAUUUCUUUUUCACAUUCCUCUUCGCCGCCACCGUCUACUUCCUUCUCAUCAGGUGGGGCGAGAAGAUCAGUACAUCGACGCCUCUUCACGUCGUCAACCUCUCCGAGCUCCUCUCACUCAUUGGAGUCAUCGCCUCGUGCAUCUACCUCAUCGGCUUCCUCGGCGUCGACUUCGUUCAAUCCGUCUUCCUCCGAUCAUCCUCCGACGACGACGACGUUUGGAUCCCCAACGACGACGAGAUCGAUCGCCUCGUCAAGAUCGAGUCUGAUCUUACUUCCGAGGAAGACGAAGCGAUCGUCAAGUCCGUGGUCGACGGAGCCACCUCGUCGCACUCGCUCGAGACGAAGCUCGGAGACUGCAAGCGAGCCGCGGCGAUUAGACGAGAAGCGGUUCAGAGGAUGACCGGAAAAUCCUUAACCGGGCUUCCGCUGGACGGUUUCGACUACGAUUCGAUCUUGGGACAGUGCUGCGAGAUGCCGGUUGGGUACGUUCAGAUUCCGGUGGGGAUCGCCGGACCUCUGUUGCUCGACGGGAAAGAGUACUGGGUGCCAAUGGCGACUACGGAGGGGUGUUUGGUCGCAAGCACGAACAGAGGAUGCAAGGCUAUUCACUUGUCUGGUGGUGCUUUCAGUUUUCUCAUGAAGGAUGCGAUGACUAGAGCUCCUGUUGUUAAGUUCCCUUCUGUGAAAAGAGCUGCUCGUGCCAUGUUUUAUCUACAGGAUCCUGCUAAUUUCGAGAGACUCUCUCUUAUUUUCAGCAAAUCGAGUAGAUUUGCUUGGCUUCAGAGUAUCACAUGCUCGAUUUCUGGGAGGAAUCUCUAUCCGAGGUUUGCGUGUGGUACUGGCGAUGCUAUGGGGAUGAACAUGGUCUCCAAAGGCGUUCAGAAUGUCUUGGAGUUUAUGAAGACAAUGUUCCCUGACAUGGUUGUGAUUGGCAUCUCAGGGAAUUGCUGUUCCGACAAGAAAGCUUCGGCUAUAAACUGGAUCCAAGGACGUGGGAAGCAUGUUGUGUGUGAAGCCCUUAUUAAAGGUGAGAUUGUGAGGAAUGUGUUGAAGACUACCGUGGAGGAUCUUGUCGAGCUUCACGUGCUCAAGAACCUUACUGGUUCAGCCAUGGCUGGUUCUCUUGGUGGAUUCAAUGCUCAUGCCAGCAAUAUUGUCAGCGCUGUCUUCAUCGCCACUGGCCAAGACCCUGCUCAGAACGUGGAGAGCUCUCACUGUAUCACCCAGUUUGAAGCUGAAGGCGACGACCUUCACAUCUCUGUCUCUAUGCCUUGCAUUGAGGUUGGUACUGUUGGAGGUGGGACACAGCUUGCAUCACAGUCAGCUUGUUUGAACCUGCUCGGUGUAAAAGGAUCAAGCGACAAGGAGAAAGCUGGCUCGAACGCAAGGCAACUGGCGAGAAUUGUGGCUGGUUCGGUUCUCGCGGGAGAGCUGUCGCUAAUGUCUGCUAUUGCAUCUGGACAGCUUGUAAAGAGUCACAUGAAGUACAACAGGUCCAGCAGAGACAUUGGCCCUUCAUCUCAAGUUAACAGAUGAGCAUGCAACAGAUAAUAAAACAGAUUAGUUAAAAAAAAAAUUGAUUUGAUGUAAUAAUAACCUUCAUUUGUUUGUUCUUCAUUGAUUGAUCCCGUUUCUAGCUAUGUAUGUACUCCAAACUACCUUUUUUAUUAUGUAAAAGACAAUUUAGUACUUUCAUGGCUUUUAAGAUCAUUAAUAGUCUUUGAUAAGUAACCGUUGGAUUA